AUGUCAUCUUGGCUUGUAGUGGGAAUUUCAGGGGUGACAAAUGGAGGCAAGUCCACUCUUGCCCAGCAGCUGCAGUCAUGUCUCCCCACUCACACACAGGUCAUCUCUCAGGAUGACUACUUCUUCCCAAAGGACUCCCAGUACCACGUACCAUGCCCUGGAGGCUUAGCACACCACAACUGGGACAUCAUCACUGCCCUGGACAUGAAGAAGAUGGUGUGUGAUGUGACACAAAUUGUGAAAUCCCAUCCAGACACAAUUGACAGCAGCCACAAGGGAGGCAGUAGCUCUCCCUUGUCAGAGGAGGUGGGCCUCCGUCCUGUCCUGCUCAUGGAUGGAUUCAUCCUGUAUGAUGACCCAGAGAUUCUGGAACUGUGUGACCUGCGCUACUUCUUCACUCUGACGCAGGAAGAGUGCUGGGAGAGGCGGUCACAGAGGACUUACGACCCACCAGAUCCUCCGGGCUACUUUGAGGCCUGUGUCUGGCCCAUGUAUGAGGAGCAUCUGGCAAAGGUCAAGGAAGGAGUUCCCAAUGUUGUGUACCUUGAUGGCAUGGAGGAAAACCUCCCUGCCGUCCUUCAGCAAGUGAUGGCAGCAGCUCGCCUCUCUGGGAAGGAGUACCCAGGAGCAAUACUUGGCUAG